GAGCUCAAAAACAACCUGCUGCAUGUUGGUGUCCGUUCAGCGGGCAGCCCGUUCACAAACAGCCCCUCGAAAAGGGCGGGAAGACCGCUCCUCCUCCUGAGGGUUAUUCUAAGGUGCUGUCUUGAGGGGGAAAGCGCGCGAAGGAGAGAGAAGAGCAGCAAAAAACAGAGGAAGAGGAACCAAAAGGGAGAAAAGUUGUCGUCUCCGAAGUUUCCUCAGACACCUGUUCGCCUCAGGAGCCAGAGCGCAUCAUUCCUUCAGUGGGGAGAGGUGACAGAAGUGGCAACGACUUGAUUACAGGCAAAGCGUUGGAAAGAACGUCCUGUGGGAAUCUUGUCCCAGAGGGGAGAAGAAGCGCCUCCCUUUUCCGCCUCAUGAGGGAAAUUACCAAACUACCUUAAAGCAGGGAGAAGAGAGGAAUUGCGGGACACACACAGCCAUGAAGCUGGAGGUCUUCGCGCCUCGCUACGAGGACAAGCAUAGCGGCAGUGACCAGGAAAGCGGCGGGAGUAUUAGCAGCAGCCAGGCGGCCUCUCCGUCGGCGGGCGAGAGCGAGCCGGGCUCGGACGGGGACUUCCGCCAAGCCAAGCCCUCUCCUCCCCCUCCUCCUCCUCAGCCGGGGAAGCCCUACACGCGCCGCCCGAAGCCGCCCUUCUCCUACAUCGCGCUCAUCGCCAUGGCCAUCCGGGACUCGGCGGGCGGGCGCCUGACGCUGGCCGAGAUCAACGAGUACCUGAUGGGCCGCUUCCCCUUCUUCCGCGGGGCCUACACGGGCUGGCGCAACUCCGUGCGGCACAACCUCUCGCUCAACGACUGCUUCGUCAAAGUGCUGCGCGACCCGGCCAGGCCCUGGGGCAAGGACAACUACUGGAUGCUCAACCCCAGCUCCGAGUACACCUUCGCCGACGGCGUCUUCCGCAGGAGGAGGAAGCGCAUCAGCCGGCCCAGCACCACGACGUCGCCGGCAGCAGCCCCGGAAAGCCCCAAGCCGCCCGCACCGACGCCAUCGCCCUCCUCCUCUAACACCACCACCAAAUUCUCCAGCUCCUUCGCCAUCGAGAGCAUCCUGAGCCGCCCUUUCCAGCCCUCCGAGCGGCGAGACCAAGCCCCCUCUCCGUGGGGCUUCCUCCCGCAGCAACCCGUCGCCUAUGGCUUCUUCCCUCCGUUCCCACUCGCGGCGCCUCCUCCUCCUCUCUACCCUCCCGAAGGAAAAGCCUUGGCCUCCUCUGCAGAAGCGCUACGGACGCUCGGGGCGGCCCAGCUCUACUGCCCCCUCCGGCUGCCCGGGGUAUUGCAGGCGGGGCAGGCGGUGUGCCUCCUAUAGGGCCAAAGAGAGAGACUCACUCUCCUGGAGGAAAGGGGAAGCUAGGAAAGCCUCCCCCACCUUUGCAGGAAUGGAGGGAGAAGUCAAAGAAUUUGGGGUGGAGGGGUUCAAAGGGUUGUAAAACUACAACUCCCAGGGUUCCAUAAUAUGGAGCAAUGGCUAUUAAAAUGUCAUCAAACUGCACUAAGUUGAUAGUGUAGAUGUGCCCAAGUCAGCCACUGCCAACAGCAACUUUGGCUGCAUCUAGACCAGGCAUGGGCAAACUUUGGCCCUCCAGGUGUUUUGGACUUCAACUCCCACAAUUCCUAACAGCCGGUAGGUGCAUCUGCUCCAGGCAUGGGCAAACUUCAACCUUCUAGAUGUUUUGGAUUUCUACUUCCACAAUUCCUGUCGGACUGUAAACUGGGAGAAAUCCAAAACAUCUGGACGGCCAAAGUUUCCCCAUGCCUGUCGAAUGGGUGUAGUUUGAUGCCACUUUAUCUGACAAGCACCUUCUCUGCCAAAUAAUGCUGUUGCCUCGCCAGACUACAGCUCCCACGACUCCAUAGCUUGGAGCAAUGGUAUCAAGCUGCACUAAUUUGACAGUGGAGAUGUGCCCAAGACAGUCACUGCCGCAAUAGCAACUAUGGCUGCACCUAGAGGCUGUGGAAUGAAUGCUGUCUGAUUGCAGGCAGGGUGCCUUGUAUAGGCCCAAAGAUACUCUCCUGGAGGAAUGAGGGAGCUGGUGAAUCCUCCUCACCUUUCCAGGAAUGGAGGAGGGAGGUCAAAGAAUGUGAGGGACUGAAAGAAGAGGGGUGUCAAAAAAUGGGGGAGCCUAGGGCGGGUGCAUUUACUUCAGGCAUGGGCAAACUUCAGCCUUCUAGAUGUUUUGGAUUUCAACUUCCACAAUUCCUAUCUGACAGUAAACUGUGACCUGAAGUCCAAAACACCCGGAGGACCAAAGUUUUCCCGUGCCUGUCGAAAGAAUGUAGUUUGAUGCCACUUUAUCUGACAGGCACCUUCUCUGCCAAAUAAUGCUGUUGCCUCACCAGACUACAGCUCCCACAACUCCAUAGUAUGGACCAAUGGUGUCAAACUGCACUAAUUUGACAGUGGAGAUGUGCCCAAGACAACCACAAGAGCAACUAUGACUGCACCUAGACCAGUGGUUCUCAACCUGUGGGUCCCCAGGUGUUUUGGCAUACAACUCUCAGAAAUUCCAGCCAUUUUACUACUGUAGCUGUUAAGAUUUCUGGGAGUUGAAGGCCAAAGCUUUUUGGGACCCACAGGUUGAGAACCGCUGAUCUAGAUACUGUGGAAUGAAUGUUGUCUGAUACUACUUUAGCUGCUUUGGCUCCAUGAUGUGUGGGAUCCUAGCAGUUGUUUUGUUCUCUUGGGCAGAGUAGGGUUGUAAAAAUACAAUUCCCAGUGUUCCAUGGCAUAGAACAAUGGUGAUUAAAAUGACAUCAAACUGCACUAAUUUGAUAGUAUAGAUGUGUUCAAGACUUCCAUAUCAGCAACUGUGGCUGCAUCUAGACACUGGAAUGAAUGCUGUCAGAUGCUACUUUAACUUCCUUGGCUCCAUGAUGUGGAAUCCUAGGAGUUGUUUUGCCCAGCCUUCUUGGGCAGAGAAGGAUUGUAAAACUACAGCUCCCAGGGUUCCAUGGCAUGGAGCAAUGGUGAUUAAAAUGACAUCAAAAUGCACUGAUUUGAUAGAGCAAAUGUGCCCAUGACAGCCACUGCCACAACAACUAUGGCUGUAUCUACUGAGGGAUGAAUGCUGUCAGAUGCUACUUAACUGCCUUGGCUCCAUGAUGUGGAAUCCUAGAAGUUGUUUUGCCCAGCUCACUUGGGCAGAGAAUCCCAAGAUUCCACAGCAUGGAGCCAUGGUGGUCAAAGUGGUGCCCAACUGUAUUCAGGCAUGGGUAAACUUCAGCCCUCCAGUUUGUUUUGGACUUCAAUGCCCAGAAAUCCCAGCCAGUUUACCAGCUGUUAGAAACUGUGGGAGUUGUAGUCCAAAAUACCUGGAGGGCCGAAGUUUGCCCAUGCCUGAUUGUAGAGGUGCCCCCAACCCCUGGGAAAAGAAACCCCACCCAGAGAGACUGUGCCUUAAUUAUAUGGGCUUGAGACAAAACCCCCAAAGAGAGCUGGUUUGUCUUUUAGGGACCUCUGGGCUUUUUACUGAUUGGUUGAAAAGAAUCAGCUCUCUACCAGUGGUUGACUGUGCCUUUGUUUUAGGGACAGACCUCCUCUUGCCAUUCCAAAGUUUUUUAGACAGCUUUGUGUUCUUCAAUGGAAGGGUGUGUUGUUGUUUGUUCUUUCACACAGUGUGAAACCCAGGAAUACGUUCAAUUUCGUUCAAUGCUCUUUGCUUCUAUAAAGUCAUUGUACAGAGGAGUGCGGCAAGAUUGCCAUGUUCAAACCACUGGUAGUCUCUUACAGGGGAUAAACCUUAAACUUAACCAGGGCUGCCAACUAUUUCUAGUGAUAGGGCUCCUAUGCCUAUGCACAGAAGUAAGGUGGCAGUGGAUUUCAGAACCAUCAAGGCUGUAGCUACCCCUCCCUGGGAGUGACCCUAUUUAAUUUCAAAUUAAACCUAGAUCUGUGUUGUGAAGGCUUUCAUGGCUGAAAUCACUACGUUGUUGUGAGUUUUCUGGGCUCUUUGGCCAUGUUCCAGAAACAUUCUGUCCUGAAGUUUCACCCACAUCUAUGGCAGGCAUCCUCAGAGGUUGUGAGGUGUUGGAAACUAGGCAAAUUGGGUUUAUAUGUCUGUGGAAUGUCCAGGGCAGGAGAAAGAACUCUUGUCUGUUGGAAGCAAGUGUGAAUGUUGCAAUUGAUCACCUUGAUUAGCAUUGAAUAGCCUUGCAGCUUCAAAGCUUAGCUGGUUCCUGUCUGGGACAUUCCACAGAUAUAUAAACCCCACUUACCUAGUUUCCAACAGACCUCACAACCUCGGAGGAUGUCUGCCAUAGAUGUGGGUGAAACCUCAGGAGAUUAUGCUUUUGGAACAUGGCUCACAACAACCCAAACCUAGAUCUGUUUACAGCUCCAGAAGCAACCAUAUUCUCAUGGAGAUCCCACUCAGAACAGAAAAGAGAAAGUUCUGCUUCUGCUCAUGGAGCAUACAUUCCAUUAGUCUUCUUCCUCGCCUGUGUAUUUGCAUAGAAUUGUAAUCUUCGACAUGCACUGGAGACUUAGGUUUGAAGACUAUCACCUUAAAGCCUUGACUCAAGGAAGUCUAAUUUCAGUCCCAAAUUCUUGAUCCUGCCCAGCUUAGAGAUUUGGACUUUUCCAUAUAAUCAGGAGUUGCGACACUGUAGCCUUGUUUGAAAACCGGAAUAGAUCUGGGUUAUAAAUUAUUUAUCUCGGGGGGGGGGGGGGCUAUUUAAUGUGCGAGUAUCUGUUUGAACGAGUCGAGUCUCUUCUCUUCCCCCAGGGGUGGGGAAAAAGAAAGAAAAUGUUUCUUUGAGGUGCCUCCUCAUAUAGGGGGAGAGGUCUAUCCUGCAAACACUUGAUUCAGCCAAGGGAUCUGCGCGAAAGAACCCACCCAAAAGGACUAUCCUACUGCCAAAGGGAAAGCCGGUAAAGAAAGACUGUUUGUGGGGCCGGAAACGCGUGUGCUUCAGGACACUCUUGAGACCUUGGCUAUUUUUCAAAUAAAAGUUGGACUCAA